CAAAAUCUUUCUAGUACGACUAAAUCAUGAUUAAAAGCGCCAAAAUUGAUUAAUUAAAAUAAUAAAACAAAUUAAAGGGAAAACUAAACAGUACUGUUUUCAGCUUCAGCAGGAAGGUUUUAAUGUUGAUACUGUUGAAUGUUGAUGGUUAGGAUGAUGAUACCCUAUGCUUACGGCUUGCAGUCUGGCAGUCUGCUGAAUGCUGAUUUCAAAUUGUCAACGAACUACAAUGCUGAUAUUAUCAGUAUAAUCGUGUAAGACCCAUUUUAAUAUUUUUAAGGAGAAAAUUGGACAUGAGAGACUACAAGAUCAUCUGUAUGAUCGGGGAAGGCUCGUUCGGCCGGGUUUAUAAGGCGAGAAGGAAGGACAAUUAUGAGACUGUAGCUAUGAAACUUAUUGGAAAGUAUGGGAAGUCUACCAAAGAAUUGACCGGCCUGAGAACCGAAUGUGAAAUCCAGCAGCAUCUCAACCAUCCGAAUAUUAUCAGGAUGAUUGAAUCUUUCGAGACCGAUAACGAGAUUGUCGUCAUCACAGAGUUCGCUUAUCAAGAUUUAUACGUUCUGUUAUCCAUUGAAGGCUAUUUGCAUGAGGAUAAAGCAAAAAAAAUAAUUUUCGACCUCAUAUCUGCACUAUAUUAUCUUCAUUCAAACAGAGUUUUACACAGGGAUUUAAAACCGCAGAAUGUACUUUUGUGUAAAAAUGGUACGGCCAAACUUUGUGAUUUUGGAUUCGCACGGAAUAUGAGUCUGAGUACACACCUGCUGACUUCGAUUAAAGGAACCCCCCUUUAUAUGGCACCCGAGUUAAUGGAAGAAUCUCCUUACGAUCAUACUGCUGAUUUAUGGUCGCUUGGAUGCAUCGCGUAUGAAAUACUAGUCGGGACUCCGCCCUUCACUACGACCUCGAUACUGCAUUUGGCGAGGUUAAUCAGAUUCGAACCGGUGAAGCUCCCUGAGUUCACAUCACCGGAAUGCCAAAGUUUACUUAAAGGGCUUCUCAUUAAAGACCCUUCGCAGAGACUUAAGUGGCCACAACUUCUGGAACAUCCUUUUGUCAAAGGAAACAUACUCAUAAUUUAUGAAAAAGGAGCCAAGACGCCGUUAACUGCUGAAUUCACAUCUUCGCAAGUAAAGGCGAAAGAAUUGCAAAAACAAGAUUUGAAAUCGUCAAAACAUCUUAAACAAUUACUGGAUAAAUGUGGAAAUCAAAUAAAACCCGGCUCAAAUUUUGGCAUUGGACAAAUCGUGAAGAAUAUAAAUUACGGGAUCGAUGAUAUCGAACAACAGGUCCAAAAACUUAAUAUUUCAAAAGUCCAAAAGGAAGAUAACAAAUUAGAGGAAGAACUGAAGGAAGCAUUAAAUUAUGGCAAUAACGAUUCACCUCUGCAGUCCGAAGAAUGGUUGGUAUUUUUGCAAAAAAGCAUGGAGGAAGUUAUGGAAGGUGACAUACAAUCAGUAAAAGACCCCGCUUUUUUAAAUAUGGUGUGUCGUGCUUUGAGCUCAAGUUGUGCUACUGUCGUUGAGUAUAUUGCGAGUUUAUUUUGCAUGCCGUUUACUGUCGACUCGAUACCAGAGAAGGAACUGCAAAAUUUAAGGAUGGUUUAUUACGAGGCACGGCUUAUUUCUAAAAUGAUAUUCGCUUGCGUUAUCAUAUUAAAAAGAGUAGAUAAGUCAAAUGACUUGUCUUCUGAACAUUUGCAAGCUCUUGAAACGAUCUAUCUUCUCAUCACAAACCUUGUACACACUGAUGUCUGUUUUCUAAAACAAUUCUGCGAGACUUGCACGUCUCUGUGUGUUUCUUCACAUCUUGUCUAUCUUCUGUGUUUAAAGAAAAAAAAAGUCAGACUCGUGGCGAAUAUUAUUUCCAUUUUAUGCCAAAUACUUCGAAAACUAAAGGAAUAUUCUCACAUCAUCACUGAUAUUGUGAAAGGAUUUGAAAGCCCCGACGUGGAAUUUCAAGCUAUGUUGACUUUAAACACAGAGUGUUUGAGUAUGAGAACUUUGGCAUUAAUUAAACUCAUGUUAGAAGUUUGCCCCGACACACUGGAAUUGCUUUGUCCUGAAAGUCUAGAAAAGGACUUGGAAUCAUUGAUAAAAAGCUCUAAGGAGAGCAUUAAUUCGAUGGCCGCAGAGGUUUUGGAAGAUCUUCAGAAAUGCAGUCAAAAUCAAAAAAUGUGGUUAGGCGAAAGUUAAAAUAGGUUAUAGCUUAAUAUAAAUUGUGUCUCUUGAUUUUAACAAGACUGAUGAAAGUAAAAGUUUUACAAAUUAA